GUUCGCUCCUUUUAUCAUUUCUUCAUCUCUCAAUUUCUCUUCCCAAUUAUAGAGAGGUGUGAUCCUCUUCAAGGGGACUUUCGUGGCAGCUCUCACAUACAUUCGCAGUACCGAUCAAACCACUCCGAUUUGAGAUCCUCAAACGAUGGGGGUUCCAUUAGUUUGUCACGGGCAUUCUCGUCCCGUCGUCGAUGUAUCUUACAGCCCAAUUACUCCUGAUGGGUUCUUUCUCAUUAGCGCCAGUAAAGAUUCGAUCCCGAUGUUGAGGAAUGGGGAGACAGGGGAUUGGAUAGGGACUUUUGAAGGACAUAAAGGAGCUGUUUGGAGUUGUAGCCUUGAUAAGAAUGCUCUGCGUGCUGCCUCUGCCUCUGCUGAUUUCACUGCGAAGAUAUGGAAUGCACUGACUGGAGAUGAGUUGCACUCCUUUGAACACAAGCACAUUGUUCGUGCAUGUGCCUUCUCUGAGGACACGCACCUUUUGCUGACGGGUGGAAUGGAGAAAAUACUUCGGAUAUUCGAUAUGAAUAGGCCAGACGCACCUCCAAAAGAAGUAGGAACUGCUCCUGGUUCAAUCAGAACCGUUGAAUGGCUUCAUAGUGAUAAUACUAUCUUAAGCUCUUGCACUGAUACCGGUGACAUUAGGUUAUGGGACAUAAGAAGUGACAAGAUUGUUCAAACAUUAGAAACGAAGUUCCCAGUUACUAGUGCUGAAGUAAGUCAGGAUGGAAGAUACAUAACUACUGCUGAUGGAUCUAGUGUUAAGUUUUGGGACGCCAAUAAUUUUGGAUUGCUGAAGAGCUAUGAGAUGCCUUGCAACGUUGAAUCUGCAUCCUUGGAACCUAAAAACGGGAACACUUUCAUUGCUGGAGGAGAAGAUAUGUGGGUCCAUAGGUUUGAUUUCCAGACAGGAGAAGAGAUUGGGUGUAACAAGGGUCAUCAUGGACCAGUUCACUGCGUGAGGUAUGCGCCAGGAGGAGAUUCAUACACGUCAGGCUCAGAAGACGGGACGGUGAGAAUAUGGGAGGUGGAGACAGUGAACCACGAGGAGAGCAACAAUCUGAGCGGUCACGUGAAGCUAGUAGCAGAGGAAGUUGUGCGUAAAGCUGAAAGUCUGCGUAUCAAUGAGAAAGCCACAGAAGUUGCUAAAUGAAACAUCGUUUAGCUUAUGAUAAUACCAACAUAGAUUCAUAGUUGUUUUUGCAUCACUAUAACAUGUGACAGAGAGUUUUGUCUUUUAAAUGUCUCCCAGACCAAAUAAAACGAACAUAGUCUAAUCCAUAUUUUGACAAGAAGUUUUGUAGCUUUUGAAACAAAGGACAUAACAAAAUUUUUUUAGUCUUCCAGAUAUGUUACUAAUGUUUCACUAGGUUUUACUAGGACCAGUCUUGCUGCUUAAGUGUAACACAAUAUUGGCCAAUGAUAAUAUCUACAUAGUCUUUCGAAUAAUAUUAACAUGUAAACUUAGGAGUUUAAAUGACUUUAUCUUUCUUUACACGUUUCUCCUCACAAACACAACACAAAAACAACAAAAAAAAAGCUACUCAGGCCUGUGCAGAGGGAGAGGCAGUAUCAACAGCAGCUACAGGCGUGAGUCCAGUCAACAAAUCCUCCUGUGGCGAGCCAAUCAAGAGUGAUACAAUCUCCCUCAUAGUAGGUCGCUUAGCUGGAUCAGGAUGACAACAAGCCAACCCUAACUUAAGCAACAACUCAAUCUCAUCCCCAGUAUCACACUCUGCCCUCACUCUUUCAUCAGCCGCAUUAACAACCACUCCUCCACCAUACAAGUCCCUAACCCAAUCCACAAGCACCAUAUCUUCCUCCUCCGCAUACUCAAUCGGUCUCCUCCCACACACCACCUCAAGCACCACCACACCAAAGCUAUACACAUCGCUCGCCUCUGUGGGAGACGAAGCAGACGCUAACUCUGGCGCUAAGUACCCAAGCGUCCCCACCACACGCGUCGUGUUUGGAGCUCCACCGUGCUCAUACAACUUAGCCAAACCAAAGUCCCCAAGCCUCCCACGCAUGUCGGAAUCCAAAAGAAUGUUGGAUGAUUUAAUAUCUCUAUGGAUCACAACUUGUUCCCAUCCAUGGUGGAGAUAGUUAAGCCCUUCCGCCACGUCAUUGAUCACUUGUCGCCUUAACCGCCACGGCAUUGACUCUUUAGGGUGGUCAAAUAUCCACUGGUUCAAGCUUCCGUUAGGCAUGUAAUCAUACACAAGCAUCAGCUCGUUUUUCCGACGACACCAUCCUCUCAUUUGGACAAGAUUCUUAUGCUGAAGACGUCCCAUACUCUCUAUCUCAGCCAUGAACUCUCUCAGCCCUUGCUUCGAAUCAUGGUUCACGCAUUUCACAGCAAUCUCGUUGCUGUUGGAAAGAACUCCUCUGUAGACUUUACCGAACCCGCCGGAUCCGAGAAGACGGUUGAUGGAGAAAGAGUCUGUGGCAGCGGAGAGAUCUUCGUAGGUGAAACGGUGAGGCCAGAACUCAAGCUCCCAGUCCUCAGCUUCUUCUUCUUCCUCUUCUCUUAACAGCUUCCACCAAAUAAAGUAACCUCCUAAACCAAGUAGACAUAUAAAGAGAACACAACCAACAACGAUCCCAGCUAUUGCUCCGGUUGAGAGAGAAGAGGAGGGAGGAUCAAGAAAGAACACUGGUAAACCUGUCGUGUUGAUCUCUCGAGGAGGAGCUCCGGUGUCACUUAAGCUCCAAGCGAGGAUUCUCCUAACUUCAACCCAGUUCGUUUUAGAAGCGGAGAAGCCAACGAACAUAUCUGCGGAGACAUAAUUCGCUAUGACUGGAUCACGGUAAGUGAGUGUAGGUCGGCGAGGUCUACGCAUACCAGCAGGAGCGAUAGUAACGUUGAUCUCAAAAUUCGGACCGUCAAAGUCGAUCCAAGCGUGGAUGUUUUGACCGUUACGCAUGUUAACGGAAACAAAACUUCCGUUAACAGAAUCAUAGUACCCUGCUGGUUCAGCUUUAGUGGAUAAGAUGCUGUUGAGGUCAAUUCCGACAUGGUUCCCAUCGAUGUCGUUGACUUCAGAGUUCAAACCAGUGUCGAAUUCCACUGCGAGGAGAGGAGCGGGGAGACGAGAGGGCAUGUUUGGGAAGAGACCGAAGUUUUGGCUGGCGAUGGCACCUGGAGGGGAUGUGGAGUUGGAGAGGACGAAGCAGAGACCGAAGCCAGGGCUUGUGGAGAUGUCUGGGAGGAUGGAGAAUACGAAGGAGGUUGAGAAGGAGGAGAGACGGGUGGGGUUUCGGGUCGGAUCGGGGAUGAUUGAGAGUUUUUGCGGGUGGAAAACGCGGCCUAAGGAGAAUUGGUUGGUCUCGUUGAUGAGACGGAUGACGGUGGAUUCUACGCGGGAGUCUUCGAUGAGUAUGAGGUCGGUUAUGUUUGAUGCGGAGGUGAAGUUGUUGUAGAGGAAAUCUAUGGCGGAGGAAGAGGAAGGGAGGAGAGUGGUGAAGGUGAGGAUGAAUAGGAGUAGAGGUGGUUGUGACCAUUGUCGCCACAUCUGUAGAGUUUUUUUUUCCGGUGAGAUAUUGAAUGUGAAUAUUUGAGGAAAGGGGAUGCGUAGAGUAGACCGUCGAU